CUGGCGUGGCGGAGGUAGCGCUCUCUGCGCUGGAAGUGUGCAGGCGCCGCGGAAGUCGCCCGGGGGUCCUUCGCUGCAGCUGGCUCUGAGCGGGAGGCGGGACUGCGGAGCUGCGCUGCCCCGCGAGAUCCCAGCACGGCGCAAUGGAGGAGCUGGACUGCGAGCCCACAGUCACUUGGAUUCCAGGUGUGAACUCCAAGAAGAAGCAGAUGUGUUUUGAGUGGGGUCCUGGGGAGAUGCUGGUGUGUGAAACUUCCUUCAACAAAACAGACAAAUCAGAGAAAGUGCCAAGCUGUCCUUUUAUCUAUCUCAUUCGGAAAGAUGUGGAUGUUUACUCUCACAUUUUGAGAAAACUCUUCAAUGAAUCCCAUGGAAUUUUUGUUGGCCUCCAGAGAAUUGAAGAAGAAUUGACUGGAAAAUCCAGAAAAACUCAAUUGGUUCGAGUGAGUAAAAAUUACCGAUCAGUCAUAAGAGCAUGUAUGGAGGAAAUGCAUCAGCUUGCAAUUGCCUCUAAAGAUCCAGCUUGCGGCCACCAGUUCAGCAGCCAGGUCUCCAUUUUGUCAGCCAUGGAGCUCAUUUGGAACCUGUGUGAGAUUCUUUUUAUUGAGGUAGCCCCAGCUGGCCCUCUUCUCCUCCACCUCCUUGACUGGGUCCGACUUCACGUGUGUGAGGUGGAUAGUUUGUCGGCAGACGUUCUGGGCAGUGAGAAUCCAAGCAAACAUGAGAGCUUCUGGAACUUGGUGACUGUCUUGGUGCUUCAGGGCCGGCUAGAUGAGGCCCGACAAAUGCUGUCCAAAGAAGCUGAUGCCAACCCUCCCUCAGCGGGCAUGUGCCAUAUCCUUGGGGACCUGAUGAGGACAAUGCCCAUUCUUAGUCCUGGCAACACUCAGACCCUGACGGAGCUGGAGCUGAAGUGGCAGCACUGGCGUGAGGAGUGUGAGCGGCACUUGCAAGACAACACAUUUGCUGCCAGCCCCCAUCUGGAGUCUCUCUGCAAGAUCAUGCUGGGGGAUGAGGCCACUUUGUUGGAGCAGAAGGAGCUUCUGAGUAACUGGUACCAUUUCCUGGUCACGAGGCUGUUAUAUUCUAACCCCACAGUGAAGCCCAUUGAUCUGCACUUCUACGCCCAGUCCAGCCUAGACAUGUUUCUGGGAGGUGAGAGCAGCCCAGAGCCGCUAGACAACAUCUUGAUGGCGGCCUUUGAGUUUGACAUCCACCAAGUGAUCAAAGAGUGCAGCAUCGCCCUGAGCAACUGGUGGUUUGUAGCUCACCUAACAGACCUUUUGGAUCACUGCAGGCUCCUUCAGUCACACAACCUCUACUUUGGUUCAAACAUGAGAGAAUUCCUCCUGCUGGAGUACGCCUCAGGACUAUUUGCUCACCACAGCCUGUGGCAACUUGGGGUGGAUUACUUUGACUACUGCCCAGAGCUGGGCCGAGUUUCCUUGGAGUUGCACAUUGAGCGGAUUCCUCUCAACACAGAGCAGAAAGCCCUGAAGGUGCUCCGGAUUUGUGAGCAGCGGCAGAUGACUGAACAAGUUCGCAGCAUCUGUAAGAUAUUGGCUAUGAAGGCUGUUCGCAACAAUCGCCUGGGAUCUGCCCUCUCUUGGAGCAUCCGUGCCAAAGAUGCUGCUUUUGCUACACUUGUAUCUGACAGAUUCCUCAGGGAUUACUGUGAACGGGGCUGCUUUUCCGACUUGGAUCUCAUUGACAACCUGGGGCCAGCCAUGAUGCUCAGUGAUCGACUGACUUUCCUGGGAAAGUACCGUGAGUUCCACAGACUGUAUGGGGAGAAGCGCUUUGCCGAUGCUGCCAGUCUGCUGCUGUCCCUCAUGACAUCUCAGAUUGCACCCCGCUCAUUCUGGAUGACUUUGCUCACAGAUGCUCUGCCUCUUUUGGAACAGAAACAGGUGAUCUUUUCAGCAGAACAGACUUAUGAGCUGAUGCGCUGUCUGGAGGACUUGGCCUCCAAGAAGCCAGAGAGUGGACAGCCUGAUGCCCAGCGACUCCAGGAUGAUAUAGAGACCACCAAGGUAGAAAUGCUGAGACUGGCUCUAGCUCGGAAUCUCGCUCGGGCAAUCAUAAGAGAAGGCUCACUGGAAGGCUCCUGAGAUAGCUGCAGUGUUAACUUUGUAUGGCAAUGUAUAUAAAUUCUAGAAAUAAAUGUUCUUUUGCAAAUACAAGACCAGUUAUUAGUCC